GGUUCUGGCGCUGCCCCAAGCCGGCCACUUACACCCCAGGGACCUGUGAGCUGCUCAGAGUGAUGAUGAAAGAAUCCAAACUGACUAACUUCCAACAGCGCCACAUCAUGGACACCAUGAAACGAGGAGACCCUCUCCCUCUACAGUGCAGCCCAGCUUCCAGCCAGAGGGUCUUGCCUUCCAAGCAGCCAGCCUCGGCCAUCUACCUGCCUCCCAUCAUGGCAGCUCGGUCCCACCUCCGGCCUGCCAGCAAGUGCCAGGCCAACGGGGCCUACAGCCGGGAGCAGUUCAAGCCUCAAGCCACCCGAGAUCUGGAGAAGGAAAAGCGAAGACUGCAAAGUAUCUUUGCCACCGGGAAGGAGCCAGAGGAACGGAAAAGCAAGCCCCCUCCUGUGCGACAGGAGGACCCAGCCCCGGAGCCGGACCGCUUUGAAGAACUGGUGAAGGAAAUCCAGGAGAGGAAAGAAUUCCUGGCUGACAUGGAAGCCCUGGGGCAGGGCAGACGGUACCGAGGGAUCAUCCUCACUGAAAUCUCCCAGAAACUACAGGAAAUGGAAGACAUUGACCACAAGAGGAGUGAGGAACUUAGGAAGGCUCUGGCCACCACUUUAUCUGUCUCCAGAGGGGCGGGAAGCCCAGCCUCCACCACUGGAACACCCACCCCCUUGCCAAACAGGGUCACCCCCAGGUCAGCCCAGCCACCCUGGCCUUCAGCCAUGUCAAAUGGCUGUAUAGCACUGCCCCUGCCUAGGGUACCCCAGACAGAGACAGCACCCUAGAAAGUAGACUGAUUCUCCUGGAUACCUGGCCCAGGGAUCCCAGGUCAGCUGAGCCUCUGAGACCAGUCACAGAUACAGACACGCACCAAGACACACGACUUGGAGUCUUUUCUCAGAGGAAGAGUCCCCCCAUACACAGUGAAAGCAAGGCCCAGGUCUCACCAUCUCGGGCUUGGGUCUAAGGGUGGCCACUGGGCCCUCUUCCCACCACCUCACCCACUGUGUGUCCCCAUGUCCUCCACAUUUGAUUCUCUGAACUUAGGAAUGAAUGACUCCUUUCUUCCUACCUGUCUUAGGACCUACUUAUAUGACUUCUUACCACCUUGGGCAAAUGUUUAACCACUGUGAUUAACUGGCCAAUAAAACACGUUUAACAGAGGUCAUUACACAUACCAUUUUGUUUUCUGAGGGAUAAGUCUUAUUUAUUCAAGGGGUUAGAAUUUUUCAAGCCCAGGUGGUUUCUAGUUGUUUGCAUACUUCAAGUGAAAACAGGAACCAGCGUUUCUGAGCACCCCACGGCCAGGCGCUGCGGCGGGUGCCAAGAUCACUCUCGGCUGAUUCUCUCAAUAAACACCUGAGAUGGCUGAUUAUCCCUCGGUAAAAACUGGGGCUCACAGAGAUACUAUGGCCAGAGUCUUUUAACUAACAAGCAGCUUACUCAGGAUUAAAGGUUAGCUUUCUGUCUUCCCACCAAACCCACAGCCCAUAGAAGGAAGCCCAAAGGGGUGGAAGGGACCCAGACUGAGGGGGCCCUGGGCUUGGAGUUCCACUCCCAGCCCAUGUGGUCUAGGCCCCACAGCCUCAGCUCUGACGGCUCCUGAGACACCCGCCCGCAGGGACAGCGCCGUGGGCCUGGCACGCAGCACAGGGCAGUCCCCAUGUCUUCUGACAACCACAAGCCCUACGCUCUCCCGGAUUCUGUCAUUUUGCUGUCCCCAUAAAUCAAAGUAUUUUAGAGAUUUCAACCAACCCUCCCACUUGGAGGGAUUCAUAUAAUCCUCUCAGGCCACAUGACCCAAGUUCGGGUUUGCAGAAUAAACAUGGCCCUGCAGCCUCAAGCAAAUAAACAGUGAGGACCAGA